UUCAAAGAUGACCGCAUCGUGUUUUGGACUUGGAUGUUCUCGACGUAUUUCAUGGAGAAAUGGGCCCCCCGGCAGGACGACAUGCUCUUCUACGUCCGUCGAAAGCUGGCCUAUGUCGGUGGAGACAGCGCAGAGGGCAAGAAGCAGGUCGAGGUGGAGGUUUACCGCAGAGAUUCCAAGAAGCUGCCCGGCCUCGGAGACCCUGACAUCGACUGGGAGGAGAGCGUCUACCUGAACCUCAUUCUGCAAAAGCUGGAUUAUGUGGUGACUUGUGCCGUGUGCACACGAUCAGAUGGAGGAGAUAUUCACAUUCACAAAAAGAAAUCUCAGCAAGUGUUUGCAUCUCCUAGCAAGCACCCGAUGGACAGCAAAGGAGAAGAGUCAAAAAUCAGCUACCCCAACAUAUUCUUUAUGAUUGACAGUUUUGAAGAGGUUUUCAGUGACAUGACGGUGGGCGAAGGAGAAAUGGUCUGUGUGGAGCUGGUGGCCAGUGACAAAAGCAACACCUUCCAAGGGGUGAUUUUCCAGGGCUCCAUCCGCUAUGAAGCACUCAAGAAAGUCUAUGACAACAGGGUGAGCGUUGCGGCCAAGAUGGCCCAGAGGAUGUCCUUUGGCUUCUACAAGUAUAACAACAUGGAGUUCGUCCGCAUGAAAGGACCCCAAGGCAAAGGGCACGCGGAGAUGGCCGUGAGCAGAGUUCCAACGGGCGACACGUCGCCCUACGGCACCGAGGAGGAUUCGAAUCCAGAGUCACCGGUGCACGAGAGGGUCACGUCUUUCAGCACGCCGCCGACCCCGGAGCGCAACAACCGCCCGUCCUUCUUCUCCCCAUCCCUCAAGAGAAAAGUGCCCCGCAACCGCAUUGCCGAAAUGAAAAAAUCCCACUCGGCAAACGACAGCGAGGAAUUCUUCAGAGAUGAUGACAGUGGAGACCUGCACAACGCCACAAACCUGAGGUCGCGGUCGCUGUCGGGAACGGGACGGUCCCUGGUUGGCUCCUGGCUGAAGCUCAACAGAACAGAUGAAAAUUUCCUACUCUAUGCACACUUAACCUACAUCACUCUGCCAUUGCAUCGGAUUUUAACAGAUAUCCUGGAAGUGCGGCAGAAGCCCAUCCUGAUGACAUAGCCGAGCGCGGGGCGCCGCCCCGGGGCCCCUCGCCAAGUGCCUACCGCCCGCGCGCGGCGCAUUCCCGCGGAGGCGCCGCCUCGGGAGCGCAGCCGCCGCGGGGCAAGGGAAGCCAAGGAACACCAGCCAAACAGAAGUGCCUCGUUCUUCCUCCCGCCGCCCGCGCGCUCGCCGUCUGCCACUCCAGUGCUGCUGCCCGCAGGAGGAGCCGCAGAGCAACGGAGAAGAGAAGGAGCAACAAAACGAGGAGAAACAAACCGAGACGGGGCCGUGCUCGAAACAAGUCGAGGCUUUAGUGGACAGUUUGUUACUGUGUUUGCUGUGUAACUGAGAAGCCAACAAGCAUGUGUGGAAUGUGUUGAACUUGAUGUUCUUGGAGAGAAGCAACUCGAGAGCUUCCUAGCCUGGGGUUGCCCAGGCUCCUGCCCGGGCGCUCCGCGGCCGUUUGGCCUGGCACGUGGCUCCGUUGGGUUUCGAGGGAUGAGGGGUAGUUUCCUGCUGUGGAAGGUAAAGAUGCUACGAAGAUGCAUUGCCGUCUUGGUACGUGCAGUGGGUCAGGCUGGAGGUCAGGUUGAAUGUGCUUAAAGUGUCCCCAUUUGUACGUCAGUGUUAGUAGGACAGGGGAACUCUGCCGACAGAUUUCUGUAUCUACCAAAGAACAGCAACGUUUUCAUCCUCAAGAACUGUCUUAAAAAAAAAAAAAAAAAAAAGAGAGAGAGAGAGAGAUCUGAUGGGGCAAAAGGCUCAAAUGUGCUGCCCUGGUACAGCUGAGGUUCGUAUACCGUGGUGCAACUGCUGCUUAUCUCUGUUAGCUGAGUCCAUCCGUGCUCAAGUCUAAAGUGGAAAAGCAGGAGCCUGUUCCUAUACUCCCCACCUGGAAACCUUACUGGUACCCAGACCCUUCUGCAUGCCCGGGAGCUCAGAGCCAGCGAGGGUGUCCUUGCAGCAGCACCCAUCACUAAGGAGUGCGUGGAAGCUGACCAACAGCUAGGCAGCUUGCCCACAUGAUGCUUCAUUUCCUGGCCCUGCUUCUCUGUACUGCCUCUGUGCCGAAGCACAAGGGGUUUUCCCUUGAGGACAAAAGGUUUAAAGGCGAUUCUGCUCUGA